AUGUCUCACCGGAGCAAUAUGACGCUGCAUAUUCCCCCACGGAUGUCGAGUGUCUCGCAGUACCAGCAUCACCAUCAGAGAGACCGGCAGGAGACUGCGUUUGGGGCCAUCGACCGCGCCUUUGACCCGUACGCGGCGCCGAACCUGGAGCUCAACCUGGAUCUGAACCUGGACCUGGACUGGAGGGAGCACAAGGGAGGAUUUAAGGAUACAGAAGUGAAACCGGGACCAGGGCGAGCAGAGAGCUGUGCCUCAGAUCUCACCGGUGGCUACAGCAUAAACCGGACAGGGCGGUUGGAUGAAGAGUGCCGGCCAGAGGAGCACAAAGUACGCCCGCGUCUCUCGUCUCCCUUCCUGAGACAGUCCUCCAGGAAGACGAAGACGGCGACAAAGACGGCUACGGCUACGGCCAGGUCAAAGUCGAAACAGGAACCUCUGCGGCCAUCCGAGUCGCCAUCCACUUCGUCCUUCAACCGGUCUCAGAACUCGUCCACCAGCCGGUCGUACUACACAAACGGGACCUCGUCUCAGGACCUGGCUUUGAGGGACUACCCGGCCAGCAGCCAGUCUAAUACCGACCUGUCGACGGACCAUGAGCCCGGCCUGACCGCACGGAAAGCAAAGAAACAGAAACACAGACCGCCAAUGAUUGAUCUAUCUAAACUCUUCCCCAGACCUCGCAAGGCAUCUGGUCCCUGCCCGCCGUCUCCAGACCGGAUGGCCUCUCCUCCCUCCGUGGCCUCCAACGGAUCUGACGCCUCCAUGUAUAAGACACACAAGUUUGACCGCGCCCAGCGUGCUCUCAACCGGCUGACCAGGUCGCCAAACCCGAGGAAGCCAGAGAAGAUGCAAUCGAAUUACCAGCAGAAUGACGAGCUGAUGCCUGUCCAGGAGCCUCUGCGCCAGUACAGAGUCGAUUCCCCGCUCCAGGAAGCCUUCAGUCCGCAGAAGGAUCAGAGCCACCAGCAGCAGCAACGGCGGGAGAAGCAGAAGCUGGCACAGCCCUCGCUGGAGCGUCCCGCAAAUCACAAGUACGAGGGCUGGCGUGACCCCAAUUUCAAGCGAAAGAAAGUGAGCUCGGCAUGGUAUGAUGGACCCGAUGGCCAGGACGACAUCGAGGAGAUCCGGCCGGGGGAUCAGAUCGAGGUCAUGUAUGGACAGUUGAUGUCGCGAGACCAUCCUCCACUCACGAGGGACCGGCGUUCACUGAGCCUGCCGUCUCGUCAACCCAGCGUCCAGUCUGCGAAACCCAGCCAAACCAACCUUGCCGUCCCCAAUGACAGCACUCACAGAACACCACAGAAGCCCAAGACCUCGGCAGGUCCUGUAAAACAAAGCUCGAUGGCCCAUCCGAGCUCAGACUACUCCCAGGUGACCAAGAAGGAUAAGCCUGCGGGUGACCAGCCCAAGGACAGACCCAGGAUACGGAAAAAGAGCAGCAGAGCAAUUUUGAAUUCCUCGAAUCUGAACGAGUCGAGUGUGCUCUGUCUCUCGUCUUCCGAGGACGAGAGCGAAGACGAGCCGGCCGGCCAUACCACAAAACUAAGGGAUAGCAUCGCCACGAUUGACGAGGGCUUCCAGAUAUGCACGGCCCAGACGGUCACGGCUGCCAGACGACCGUCUAUCAAGAGAGUCCGAUCCAGUUCCAAGAAGAGAGCAGUCAAAAAUGGAUCUACAACCAAGUCGCAAAACGGUGACCAAUCGAGACCCUCCAGUCUUCACCCUUCAACCAUGAGCGCGACAGAGUCGAAUUACUCUAGCGUCCCUACCAUACCUGAGCCGCUGCUACCUACCUCCCCGCCUACACUCCCCCGUAUACAGACUCAAUUUUCGCCGGCCGAAAGUCAAGGGUCUCAGGCAGGCAGCAGACGGAGUCGGGUCAUGGCCGUGACUCGGCAGGAGGAAUACCUCCUGGAAAUGAUCAGACGGAACAAGGGGGCCAUGCCACAGACCCUUUCCCCGGCUGGAAGCGCGACAGACACUAAAGAAUGGGCAAAGGCCCUCGCAGUCCAGAUAAAUCGAAGAAGUAUCUCCAGCUACAGCUCGGAUACUUCUUUCUUACGCCUUAGUCCGGCUCUUCCCCCGACUCCUCACCAGAAAAGGGCACCUCGAUCUAUACCGAACCUUACCCCUUCCAUCGCUGGUGAUGCAACCAGCUCACCCUCAGUGCCACAGAGCGCAGCUUCAGAUAUAAGCUGCCAGAGUCCACGACUCCCCAUCAUCAGCCUGACAAAUUCUGGCAUGUACUUCCCCUCGCCACCCUCCGGCCAGGCGUCGCCCUUCACGCCCACCAGGCCGUUCAAGCACCGUCGACAUUCCUCGCGCCUGUCACAGGCCCCAUCGAUGCCAUCGGUGAGAGAAGGCCUGCGAAACAGAGCCAAUACGAGUGUUCUAUACGACGACAACGACGAUGGUGAAAAGGACAUUGAGACGAACCCAGACAUACCCAUCUGGGCGUUGGGCUGGAACAGCGAGGCCACAGGCAUUGCCAUCGUUCAUUAA